AAGUCUGUUGGUGUGUCCUUGCAGGCAAAUGAAAGACCAAAGCAAGAAGGUUGCCAACCUGAAGCACAAAGAGCAGGUGGAGAAGAACAGGAACGCUCAGUUGAUGGAAGAGGCUCGUAAGCGAGAGGAUAAUAUCAGCGAGAGUUCUCAACAGAUCAAGGAUUCUCUGCAGCAGAAGGACGAGCGUAUCGAGGAGCUGGAGGAGGCCUUGCGUGAGAGCGUACAGAUCACGGCUGAGAGAGAAAUGGUGUUGGCACAAGAGGAAUCUGCUCGUGCAAACGCUGAGAAACAGAUGGCGGAGCUGUUGGCCGCCAUGGAAAAGGUGAAGCAAGAGUUGGAGUCCAUGAAGGCCAAGCUGUCUUCCACCCAGCAGUCCCUGGCGGAGAAGGAGGCUCACCUGACCACACUGAGGGCAGAGCGCAGAAAGCACCUGGAGGAGGUUCUGGAAAUGAAGCAGGAGGCACUGUUGGCAGCCAUCAGCGAGAAAGACGCCAACAUCGCUCUUCUAGAGCUGUCAUCCUCAAAGAAGAAGACGACUCAAGAUGAAGUGGCUCUGCUGAAGAGGGAGAAAGACCGACUGGUACAUCAGCUCAAACAGCAGACGCAGAACCGCAUGAAGUUAAUAGCUGAUAACUAUGAGGAUGACCACCUCAAGGCCUCCAAUUCUGACCAGACCAAUCACAAACCCUCUCCAGAUCAGAUUAUCCCCCCACUCAUAGACCUCAAUCAGAACCGCAGUAAACUGAAACUGUACAUCAGCCAUCUCACAGCCCUGUGCCACGAGAGAGACCCCCACAUCCUGCAGGACCUGGCCCCACCCUCUGCAUACCACCGCAGCCAACAGGACGCCUGGGAGGAGGAGCUCCAGAAGAUGAGCCCCGAACAGGUAAGAAAGGCUGAUACUCUUUUUCAAUUAAUGUAUCACUUUUUAUUGUAUGUAUCCAUUGAUUAUGGUGACCUGUCUAGUGUUGCUCCAUUAGCAAUUGUGUUUUUCAGUGGAUUCCCAUUAAGUAAAGGAUUACACUUUACAGUGAGCUUGAGGAUAUUUGGCAUUUUGUAUCCAUAUGGUAUCCACAUGUACGGAAUCCUGCUCAUUCUUCAGUUACAUGUCCUGCAUGUAAGACACAAUCCGCUUGAAGACACUUUUGGUCUUUCUCUGAUGGUGGAAUCAGUUGCAGAUGGUGGACUGGACGAGCUGCCGGCGUUCACAAGCCCAUUUGAUUGA